AUGGCGGCCGACAACUCGUCACAACCAGCACCAGCUUCAGGGGCUGCAACUCAACUUCCUGUUCGAUCAAGUCCCACAUCCAACCCCACGCAUCGUGAGGAUGGGGCGGCAUUUGACAUCGUCCGUACCUAUCGCGACCUCCUCAACUCCGACCGUGAGCUCACGAUGGGCGUCGCUGCCAUCGAGUCCCUCAUCGAACUGCUCCGGGAAACAUCCUCUUCGACCGCCAUGGAGCUUGUCGAAAUUGUCAAAAAAGAAAAGGCCAAGCUCCUCGCUUCGGCCCCCAAUCCACUCCCGCUGCUAGCCGGGGCCGAUCUGUUCGAGCAAUACCUGCUGCGAUCGCUUAGAGGGCCGACCGCAACAACUACGUCGAGCGGCCGGACGGUGACCAAGAUCCUGCUCCGGGCGGCGGCCGACCAGAGCAAGCACUUUAAGGUCAUCUACAUCGUCGACGGGCACAACAAGCGCAGCGACGUGGCCGUGGCGCAGCUGCGCGAGGCCGGGCUCGAGGUCGAGACCAUCUCGCCCCACAAGGUGGCCUACGUGCUCGGGAACCAGAAGCAGAUCAACCUGGUGCUUUGGUGGGUCACCGAGGUGGUGAUGCAGAACGGCGGUAUCAUCUCGGGCAUGGGCACGGCGCAGCUCGCGCACCUGACCAAGACGGUCAAGGGGGGCAUCAAGCGCUUUUACGUUGCCAUCGAUAGGUACAAGAUGUGCCGUAAGACACGGCUCGGUGUCAAGCCGGUCGUGGGCUCGAGGUCAUCCUACACGUGCCCAGAAUUGGUCGACGUGGUUACGGAUCUGAUCGAGGUAGACUACGCGGACCAGGAGCUUAUUGAUGGUAUCAUCACCGAGCAGGGCGUUAAGAUGACGUCGCAGAUCUGGGAGAUGGUGGAUAACUACAUCUGA